AUGUUAAUGGGAAUAAACCCUAUCACUUACUUGGAGCAUGCUUUUUUAGCAACUCUGAUCUUAUCUGAAGCUACAUACAAAAAAAGGCAAAUUGCUGCCUCGCAACUUUUGCAGUCUUUCCCUACUGAAGUUAUUACUUACUAUUGCAAAGCGUGUGGGUGGAGCGGCGGUCGACUCCGCCUUCAAUGUAGCGAAGUUUUGGGUGAGGAGGUUGCUAAGCUGAGGCGCCGGUUGGGUGUGUUCCUGGAAGAGGAUAUCUUUUCCUGUUCAUAUUCGAAUCGUUUUUCCCUCUACUAUGUUGCUGUAACUCGAUUUUAUUUACAGCUGAACAGAAAACAAAAAGAUCUCAAAGCUAUCAAAAUGACGAUUAGCAAAAACAAUAAAAUGAUGUCUCAUUUGAACCGUAAGAUGAAGGUGGUGUUGUUGGAUUCUAGGACUUUCGUUGGCUACUUCAAAGCUUUCGACAAACAUAUGAAUAUACUUCUGUGCGAUUGUGAAGAACUGCGUCGGAUCAAACCAAAACCCGGCAAAAAGAUUGCUGAGGGAGAAGAGAAACGGACGCUGGGUUUGGUGUUGUUGCGUGGUGAGCACAUAGUUUCAAUGACUGUUCAAUCUAAUGAACAGGAUGAAGAUUCAAAACAGCAGGGAAAGGCUGGAAAUAUUGGUGGACCUGGUGCCGCAAAACCGGCUGGACGUGGCAUGGGACCACCUAUGGUCGGACCUCCUGGACCUGCUCCUGGUUUACAAGGAGCAGUGCGUGGUAUUGGUGGUCCUGGUAUGGGAAUGAUGCAGCCACAACCAAUGCCUGGAGCACCACCCUUUGUUGUUCCUCAAGUUUUUCCACCACGAGGACCAAUGUAUCAUUAA